AUGUUUUUCUUUAUUUCCAUUGCUGGGCUGUUUGUAGCUUCAUGUGCUGCACAAGUGCAACAAAAUGGAGCUGUAGGUGAUACAGUUUGUCGAGAAUACAACACUUACUAUAAAAUACAAGGCAGUUGUGAUUCCUAUGUCGAAUGUAACGCAUACAAGGCAACAUACAAGACUUGCCCUGAUGGUCUUUACUUCAUCCGCGAUGUAGAAUGGCCGACAUACCCUUGCGCGUAUCCGUCAGAUGCGCAAUGCGACGCCCAAGACGCGCCCCAGAAAGCUAUGCCAACAGAAGAUUGCAAACACCAAUACGGUUUCUUCGCGUCGCCAUUAGCUACACGCUCCGAUUGUGGCAAAUACCGCAUGUGUGUGGAGGGCAAAGCAUUCGAAAUGGAGUGCUCAAUGGGUCUUGCCUUCAAUCCUGAGACCGGUCGCUGCGACUGGCCUGAUCUCGUCCCCACUUGUGACGCAGAGGCAUACCUCGGUUUCAAAUGCCCUCCGGCUACGUACGACGAGUUCGGCAAAGCGUAUGUUGUGAACUUCAGCAUUAAGGGCAGCUGCUACUACUUCUUCUCGUGCAUGGAGGGCGUAGCGCGUCUGCUGCUCUGCGAUGAAGGAUACGCUUUCGACUCAACCGUCAACCGCUGCAUGGACGCUAGGCGUGUGCAGUGCCAGGAAGGACAAUGA